AAGAAACAGUCCCCCCACACGACCCUCACCCCCUUUCUUUAACUUAUUCCCACCUCCAGCCCCAACCACCACCCGCAUUAUGAUCAUGGUCAUUGCCAGACGUGAAAGCAAUGGCAUCUUCUACCCGUCUUCGAGUUACAUCCCCUCAGAUGCAGAGGUCACCUGAUGAGCAGGGAACCCUCCGCCGACGGUCUCUAAGAAGUCCGACCAAGGCUGCCACGGGAUCCAAAGAUCUUCUUGCGUUCGAGGAUUUACCGCACUGGCAUCAAGACAACGAAUACAUCCUUCAUGGCUAUCGCCCGAUUUCAGGCUCGGCUCGAGUAUCAUUUGGCAGUUUGUCAUACAUCCACAAUGAGUCGGUCAACAUCUACUCGCACCUAAUACCAGCCGUCGCCUUUCUCUUCGGCGAGUGGUAUAUUCAGCAGUAUUUGACAAGUAAAUACUCCAAUGUCACUGUGGCUGAUGGCUUCAUUUUUGCCUUCUUCCUUUUGACCGCCACUACCUGCCUGGGACUGUCGACGACAUACCAUACCUUGAUGAAUCACUCCCACGAGAUUGAACAACUAUGGCUGCGGCUUGACCUGAUUGGCAUAGUAGUCUUGACGAUCGGGGAUUUUGUAUCGGGGAUAUACAUGGUCUUCUGGUGCGAGCCUGUGCAGCGCAAAAUCUAUUGGUCCAUGAUCGGGGUUCUCGGACUGCUUACCAUCUUCAUCAUGAUAAGUCCCAGGUUUCGGGGCCCGGAAUUUCGCACUUUCCGGGCCCUGACGUUCGUGGCGACGGGCCUCUCUGGCUUCGCGCCAUUGAUACAUGGGAUCAAGAUGUUUGGCCUCUCGCAAAUGAUGAUUCAAUCUGGAAUGCCCUAUUAUCUGAUCGAGGGAGCCUUCCUGCUGAUGGGCGCUUUGGUUUAUGCGACCAAGUUUCCCGAGAGUCGAUUCCCAGGUCGAUUCGACAUAUACGGGUCCUCCCAUCAGCUCUUUCAUAUAUUGGUCGUUUUCGCUGCCGUGACGCAGCUGGUGGGGAUACUCAGUGCUUUUGACCACAAUCACCUGCAUCGAACAUGCUCAUAGGAAUCUCCACCUGUCACGCACACCAGACCAGCUUCAUGUUUUCUUUUCGGUUGUUGAGCGUCCUCUGGAAGCCACUGCGGUACAUGAAGCGUGAUAGGGUCUGAGGCUACUGCGGUCCUGAUGUUGACCCAUGCUAGAUUCGAGACUAGAGGCAAGCUUUGGAGCCGAAGAACGGAGCGGGGUCACAGACCGCCGGGCCAAAAGAAAAGGCGAGCGUGCGAGGUCGGCCGGCCUCAUCAAAGAAUGAGAUAACAUGAUUUCAGAGCGGAUUGAGAAUGGGAUCCAUGGCUUAUUCUGCGACCCGCAGACUCAAUCCCUGUGUAGGGUAUGCCACCCGGUGCGACAUAAUUUGUACAUGACAGCACGAAGUACAGCAAUUGCUACAGGAC